GACGGUUCCAGGAAGGAAGAAUCACCCAUUCAGGACGGUUGGUUUUGUUGUUGCAAUAAUAUGAACAGAACUUCCUGAUUCACUGCAUGCGUUUCCUUCUGCUAAUGCUCUUUUCCUAACGCUGAGUGACCCAGGUUUAUAGAAAACAACGAACAUUUUAAGAUGGGAUACAUGACAGUAGAAGAGCACAGCUCCACCCUGCUCCACCUUAAGAGGUCCCCAGGGAUUCGCUCAUGGUCUCUUCUUGUUGGUAUCGCAUCUGUCGGUUUGGCAGCUGCAUAUUACAGUUCAGACAGCAUCCUGUGGAAACUUUUCUAUGUGACCGGCUGCCUGUUUGUGGCCAUGCAGAACAUGGAGGAGUGGGAGGAAGCUGUGUUUGACAAAACCAAGAGCCUGAUUGAGCUCAAGACCUUUAGCUUGUACACCUUAGUUCUGACGUUAUGGAGGAAGGGGCAAGAGAAAGUUGUGCUGGAUCUGACCCAGCUGUGUGAUGUGUGCGUCCAGGAAGAGAAGGUUCGGUAUUUGGGAAAAGGUUAUCUGCUGAUGCUGCGGAUGGCUGCAGGCUUCUCCUACCCACUCACUCAAAGCGCCACUCUGGGGGGACGCAGUGAUGUAGAGGCGCUCUCCACGCUGCUGAAACGCUUCCUGGGGCUGGAGGAGCUGCAGCAACGCAGGCAGCAGGAGUACGAGGCCGAGUAUGGAGAGGAAGAUUCUCUGAACAACAGCACUGACUCAGAUGAUGAAGCAGAUGAACACUGAUUUCAUGCAAUUUUCCUGUAACUUUGGGUGUAUUGCGUUAGGGGCAUCAUGAUACUGCAAAAGCAUUCCAGGGGACAAAGUUUUAGUGAUGCUCUCAACACAAAAUAAUCUAUAAGCAUGUGCAUGACACUUCAGGGACUCUUUCAGUGUCUCCACACUGACCUCCUCUUUAUAUUUUUCAGUGUUUUGGGUAAAUUAAAGUGCAUUUGAAUGUCAUUUCCAUAUUAAUUUUGUUAAAAUAAUAAAAAAAGCUCCAGGAAGUCUUAUGAAAGUGAUUUUUUCCAUUCUGUACACUGUAGCUUUCUGUAAAUGAAUGUCAUGUUUAAACAGUUACUAAUUACUGUUUGACAAUACACUCCAGAUUAUAGAUUUUCUGUGCCUUCCUACUGAACUCUAAUAAGUGUUUAUAUGACAAUGGAAAGUGCUUUUCCCACAGUUUUCUGGGUCACCCAGUUCAUGGUCACCCUUUUGCAUGUUUAUUCAUACCCAGUCUGCAAUCCAGUUGAAUGCAUGUGUAAACUGUAAUUGAGCAUGAAGGAUUUUCUGAGCUCAGUUAAGAGUAAAUUAAGUGUGAAAUUUUGGGGUCUGUUGCUGUUAUGUCUUUUUACCUUUCUAUACUUUUUUGUGAACCAAAGACUGAAUCUCAGGCAAACACUUCCCCCCCCCAAAAAAGUAUAAUGAAACAGGGCUGAUGGUGAAUGCUGAUAUGUGCUGCUUGAAAGGAAAAAAUCUGAACAUUUUUGUUAACUGUUGGUUGAUUUUAUUGUUCCUGUUUAUUUUCAUACAUUUGCAAAUCAUAUAUAAAGCUCUUUUGUACUUUAA